UUUCCUCACUUUUCCUUUAGCCAUUUGUGCAUAUAUGGUGAAGGUAAUGGUUGCUAUGGUAGAGAGAAAUGAAAAAUAUUUGUGAAGCAAGCAAAAUUUUUAAAACCCCAAUAAUGUUAAAGGCCUUCCAUUCCUGUCUUGUAUGCUCUCUUUUGUCCAAGUAAGGGCACAGAUAAAGUUUGACACAUAUUCGGUGGAGUAUCUAAAUAGAAAAAUGUACUGAAGCAAACCAAGAACAGAGUUUAAAAAAAAAAUUAAAGCACUAAGCAAACAUUCUGAACUUUUGGCAGAGGAAUUGGACUGUCUGAAUCUCCAUGACUCUUUGGAGUUAUUAAUAGUGAUGCAUUUUGCCAUAUUUUGAGCAGAUGCAUAUUUAUAGGUCACGCAAUAUCUGUGUGGGUAGACUUUCAAGGCUUUAUGGCCUUUUAAAAAUGUCUUAUCUUGGAAGAGAACAGGGCAAGGAGGAUGCCAUUUUGUCAUCUGUGCAGCACCAAUCACCCUGUGCUCAUUAAAUGUUACGGGAAAGAUGGGCACUGCAGCAGGGCCUGGAAUGUGGCUCCCAUCUGCUCUGCCAGAAGCCAUCCAUGAUGAAGUCACGAGUUGCACAACAGUAGUAAUUCGCAGCUAUUUAUGACCAUUUUAAUAGCGAAGGUCUAGAUUAGAAGGCUGUGUUUACACGCCAUGCAGCAGAAUAGUUCACGAAUCAUUCCCACAGUAACGUUUGGUCAAACCAAUCAACCAAGUAGUGAAAAAUGAACCAGUUGUUCUUGAGGUUGUGAUUAAUAGAUCUCUAAGUUAACCUCUACUUUCCUCAUGCUCUUCCAUACCUGAGACAGAAUUGACUCCUGCCCCAUGCCCACAGACUCUCCUCCUCUGUCUUCCCAGCAAGCCACAGCCCUGUUACCCUUUCUCCACCCAAGCUCAAAGCUGUAAGACAUCAGCUAAGUUAAAGGAGCUUUGGAAACUCCUAUAGAGCACCUGUGCACAUAAUUAAGGAAACAUAAUUUUUAGCACGUGUUUAUUUUCUCAUUGUCAUUGCUCCAUUAUGUGACUUUAAUUAGUGACCCCGAUGGCUCCUGUGCAUCCAGAUCAGUAAAAUCCUUUCAUUUGUCUGCUUAAACUGACUUGAGAUUUUAGUGAUUAUCCCUUCCAUGCAGCCUGAAGGUCAGACUAUUUCCUUUUGUUUCACUAGACAGUUAAUCCCCUCAUUAGGGGUGAUGGAAAAUGAAUAAUUAAACAUGCCAUUUUCGCAUUUCAGGUAAUGAGAGGCCCUAAAAUCCCAGAGGAUGCCGUAAGAGGAAAAGUCAGGGGAGUGUUGAAGACUCUGCCUCCUACAAAUAUGAUUGUUGGAGGACAAAAUGACAAUAUGAGCAAGUGAAAUGGUAUGCCUAGUACCAGUAAGCCCUCAGUAAACAGUAGGCAGCAACCAAGCUGGUGGGAAGUCUUCUAUCCAGGAGGGUGCAAAUUGUUGACUUGCAAGAUGAUGAGGAUUUCCAGAUAGACACAGUCUAUUCCUGCAGUGAUGGUAUCAUAUUAGCCCAUGGAACAGUGCCCAUCAAACAAGAUGCCACCGGAAAUGUCAUCUUCUCCCCAGACGCUGGCUUGCAAGCACAGCAGCACCCAGAGGCUAACCUAUUUCCCCUAUAGCCCAAGCUCUGAGAUCUCCCAUCUGGUCACAAUGAUCUACAGGAGAGGAAGAAAGCUAUCUAGUGAUGAGAUCUAGAAUCAACUGAGAGAGAUGCUUAAAAAUCACCAGUUACUUUAAUGACCAUCUGCAGCGCCACCAUGUGCAAAGGAAGGAGCUAGGCUGUGCGCCCUGGGCGUCAUGAUCCUUCUGCGGGCCUCCGAAGUGCGGCAGCUGCUUCACAAUAAGUUCGUGGUCAUCCUGGGGGACUCUGUGCAUAGGGCAGUAUACAAGGACCUGGUGCUUCUGCUGCAGAAGGACCGCCUGCUCACUCCCGGGCAGCUUAGAGCAAGGGGGGAGCUGAACUUCGAACAAGAUGAGCUGGUGGACGGAGGCCAGCGGGGCCUCAUGCACAACGGCCGUAACUACCGUGAGGUCCGCGAGUUCCGCUCCGACCACCAUCUGGUGCGUUUUUACUUCCUCACCCGCGUGUACUCCGAUUACCUCCGGACCAUCUUGAAAGAGCUGCAGUCAGGCGAGCACGCCCCCGACCUGGUCAUCAUGAAUUCCUGCCUCUGGGACAUCUCCAGGUAUGGUCCGAACUCCUGGAGAAGCUACCUGGAGAACCUGGAGAACCUGUUCCAGUGCCUGGGCCAGGUGCUGCCCGAGUCUUGCCUCCUGGUGUGGAACACGGCCAUGCCUGUGGGCGAGGAAGUCACCGGGGGUUUUCUUCCGCCCAAGCUCCAGCGGCAGAAAGCCACCUUCCUGAAAAACGAAGUGGUCAAAGCCAACUUCCACAGCGCCACCGAGGCACGUAAACAUAACUUCGAUGUACUGGACUUGCAUUUCCACUUCCGCCACGCGAGGGAGAACCUGCAGUGCGACGGGGUGCACUGGAAUGGACUUGUGCACCGCUGCCUCUCCCAGCUGCUGCUGGCCCACGUGGCCGACGCCUGGGGUGUGGAACUACCCCACCGCCACCCCGUGGGCGAGUGGAUCAAGAAGAAAAAACCUGGCCCGAGAGUUGAAGGGCCGCCCCAGGCCAACAGAAAUCACCCGACCUUACCUCUGUCCCCACCCUUACCUUCCCCCACAUACCGCCCCCUGCUUGGGUUCCCACCCCAGCGCUUGCCGCUGCUCCCGCUCCUGUCCCCACAGCCUCAUCCUCCCAUUCUCCAUCACCAGGGAAUGCCCCGGUUCCCACAGGGUCCUCCAGAUGCCUGUUUUUCCUCAGACCAUACUUUCCAGUCGGAUCAAUUCUAUUGCCAUUCAGAUGUCCCCUCAUCAGCCCAUGCAGGUUUCUUCUUCGAAGACAACUUUAUGGUUGGUCCUCAGCUGCCUAUGCCCUUCUUCCCCACACCCGGUUAUCAGCGGUCUGCCCCAGUGGUCCAUAGGGGUUUUGGCAGGUAUCGUCCCCGUGGCCCCUAUGUGCCCUGGGGACAGCGGCCUCGACCUUCAAAGAGAAGGGCCCCAGCCAAUCCAGAGCCAAGGCCUCAAUAGACGGACCUAGGCCUUAUUUCCUCUUUGUGAACAUGGAUUGGACAGAUCUGACGCUUCCUUUCCAUUGCUUGGCCUGAACAGACUGACCUUGUUAACUUAAGCCUGGAGUCCAUGCCUGGUUUCUUUUUGUUCAUUGCUGUUACCAAGAAAGCCAAGGAAGAGCAGUCUGACUCAUUCUUCUUGGCUGCAGCCUCUUCCUCACUUCCUGGGGGUGACCCAGCGUUAUUCCUGCCUCCCCACUCCUAUUCUCUUUGCCUUUGUGUAAAAAUAAAAUGGAAAUAAAGAAGUUGCACAGAA